AUGCGGAGCCUAUUGAUAAGUGGUAAAAUGGUAGCGCUGCUGGACGUUCAGGGCUCUCACUCUCAACGCGUAUGCCUGCUAUGGGAUGAAGCUUCAAGCAUUCUCGCAUCAACUUCUCUUCGGAUUUUAGUCGCUAGCGUCGUCCUUACCCCCGGGUACUUGGCAAAAUUAGCGAGCAUGCCUAUGGCUGCAUUGCGUCCUCCUUAUCCCUUUCUGCUUCUGGUGGAAUGUGAGGCACCUUACAUUGGUCUUGCUUUACCAGAUACUGUUGCAGUAGUUACAGUACUCAGGCACAUUAAGAUGCAGGGCAUGUCUACCACAAAACUAAAUUGGCUUCGUUUCUAUACACAACUAAAGUACACAACUAAAAACCACACACCUUUAUCCACCUACUCGUUCGCGGAUAUCUCCCAACCCAGAAUGAAUUGUGUGCACUUCCUGCCACGGCACGCCAUCCCCAUCCACAUGAAACAAUGUGCAUCAGACUAA